UUGUCUGUACAGUUAUGGCUGUCCUGUUAUUAUUUUGUGUCUUGAUCAAUUAUGAGUAGCUAAACCAUAUCGACUUUUGGACACUGAUGCGCAGGAGAACCCCUAGCUGUCAAUCAAGCAGGCGCGGUGAACGGAUUAUGACGCUCAAGCGUUCCAAAUGACGCAACAAUACAGUUCCAGAACAGAGAAAGUUAAUGCCGAAGAUGUUGUUCGGUUCCACACUAAAACUGCUGUUUGACAAGUGUGAUUUGAGAAAUAAAACUUGUAGACCUUUCCUGCAGUCUCUGAGGAGAUGGACACCUCUUAUUCUUCUGGACGAUCUCAGUCUCCUACUGGGACUGUCUUCUUACCCCCUCCUAUCAUGUGGAACAGUCUCUACAAGCAGGCAGAGAUGGAGGUUCAGUUCCUGAGGGAAGAGAAGAAGACCUGUACAGAGAAGGAAGCCCACAUGCUUGAGUUGAGGGGGAAGGAUCGAACGAUCCGAAAUCAGAAGAAGGAGAUGGACAGACUUCAAGUGUGCCUCUGGGAGGAGGAAAAGAAGAAGAGGGAUGGUGGAACGGAGAAGGACGAGAUGAUUGAACAAUUACAGUCUGAGACAGACCAUCUCAGAGCCCUUUUGAAAGAUGAAAGGAGGAGAAGAAGAGUAGAAAGGGGUAUUAUGAAAGAGUGGAAGGCUGAGAUCCUGAGACUGAGGGAGGCAGAGAGCCACAGGGAGGCAGAGAGACAGAGAGAAGCAGAGAGAAGCAGCGAGACAGAGAGAAGCAGAGAGGCAGAGAGAGCCACAGAAUGGGAGAACCAGAGAAAAAUGCAGGAAGUCAACAGACUCAAACAACUGCUGGAGCUGCUGAUGGUGGACCUACAACUGGCCCACGUAAGACAUGUCAUUGUUAUUAUUAAAAGGCAGUGUAUAUUCACCCGGCUGAAAAUGAAUGGCAGCAGUAUGCUAACCCAAUGUUAAC